AUGAAAGAGGCCGCCAUAUUUGCGGGCAGCAUCUUCUCAUGGACCAUCCGUGCGGGAUGCGCCGCGCAUUUUGUCAAUGAGUACUUCUACGAAUUCACAGAAACAAGAGGCGAGCUGAUGCUCACCACGCUCCAGGCCAAGCGGGAUUUUGUGCACGCAUUGAAAACACACCGUUUGGGCAGGGGGCUUGGAAUGGGCGAUAUUGUGGUGGCCACCAAGCCGCUGGACCCGGACCACCGGAUCUGCAAGCGCAUCUCCGGGAUGCCCGGCGACGUGAUCCUAGUAGACCCGUCCAGCUCGUCGACGUUGACCAACCUCCCCAACACGGCGGUGCAAAACGACGGCUUUAACAAAUACGUGGAGGUGCCGCAAGGUCACGUGUGGGUCACGGGCGACAACUUGAGCCACUCGCUAGACCUGCGCUCGUACUCCUGGCUCCCCAUGGGGCUUAUCAAGGGCAAGGUGGUGGCUGCCAAUUCCAUGGACAAGGGCCUCUGGGACGAGGAGGGCAAUUUUUCGUUCUACAAUUUCCGCUGGCUCGAGAAUUUGUUCGUGGACGAGCCAUAG